AUGGAUCUGACGAAUGACACUACGGUCAUCACAGACAGCGACAGGGGCGUCGUAUUGGAUGACUCCUCAACCCGUGUCCUGACUGGCUGUUUCCUCUCGCUGCUCAUCCUCUCCACGUUGCUCGGCAACAUCCUUGUGUGUGCCGCCGUCACCAAGUGCCGUCACCUGCGUUCCAAAGUCACCAACUUCUUUGUGAUCUCGUUGGCCGUCUCCGACCUCCUGGUCGCUGUUCUGGUGAUGCCGUGGAAGGCCGUGACGGAGGUCGCAGGGUUCUGGCCGUUUGGCUCCUUCUGCGACACUUGGGUGGCGUUCGACAUCAUGUGCUCCACGGCGUCCAUCUUGAACCUGUGUGUGAUCAGCGUGGACCGUUACUGGGCAAUAUCCAGCCCGUUCUGCUAUGAGAGGAAGAUGACUCCUAAAGUGGCGUUUGUGAUGAUCAGCGUGGCCUGGACGCUCUCCGUCCUCAUCUCCUUCAUCCCCGUCCAGCUCAACUGGCACAAAGCCCAGACCUUUACCUCUACCUCCAUCACUACCUCCACAACCACCCCCUACGGCCUCCAGGCCCCCCCAGACUCCUCUAACCCUGUUGGGGAUAACAACACACAUCAGCCCCCCCAGGACUGGGACAACUGUCACUUCAGCUUGAACCGGACCUACGCCAUCUCUACCUCUCUGAUCAGCUUCUAUAUCCCAGUGAUCAUCAUGGUGGCCAUCUACACCCAAAUCUACCGCAUCACUCACCGUCAGAUCAGAUGCAUCGCCACCCUAGAAAGGGCCGCAGAGAGCGCCAAGAACCGACAGAACAGUAUGGGUGGAGGUGGAGGAGGAUCCAGCAUAUCCGAAUCAGAGAGCUCGUUCAAGAUGACGUUCAAACGGGAGACAAAGGUCCUGAAGACGCUGACUCUGAUCGUGGGUGUGUUCGUGUGCUGCUGGCUGCCCUUCUUCAUCCUGAACUGCAUGGUGCCGUUCUGUGAGCCGUCGCCCCGCGGUGCCGCGGACUCCUUCACCUGUAUCAGCCCCACUAUGUUUGAUGUGUUUGUGUGGUUGGGCUGGGCCAACUCUUCCAUCAACCCCGUCAUAUACGCCUUCAACCCAGACUUCCGUAAGGCCUUCUCUAUCCUCCUGGGCUGCAACAGACUCUGUCCCGGGGAUCACGGCAUGUCUCAAUAA